AUGGAAAAGGAGAUCGAUGAACCGACAUCUAACAACAGUCAGGGGAGCCGAGGCUCUCACGGAUCUCAGCAAGGAGCACCUAAUCCGUAUAAAAAGGACUUGAAACCAUACACACGUCCCGUCGCACAUGAUCGGAGGACCCGGGCACCUAAAGCCUUUGAGAGGAAGGACUCUCGAGGCUCGGAUGCGACCUACCAGAAGGCACUCGAAGCAGUGUCAGGUCAGGAGAGCUCCAGCGACGACCGGAAACGAUCUCCCGCGUCUGCGGCGGGAAGCAGCGAGGUGAACCAGCAGGUCACCAAAGAAGGAACGAGCUCACAACGAGCUAAGGAGGUGGAUGCGACAUCACAAAAGGAUGUCAAGAUCAGCCCUGCCACGUCGGAGCAGGUCAAAGAUGCCAAUCUGGCCGAACCAGACCUCAUUGAACAGUCACAAGAUGAGAAGCUUGAUGAGCUGAAGCUGGACGGCAUCUCACUCAACGAUGACGUCACAAUAGAAGAUUUGUUCGAGAGUCCAAUGCAGUUUGAUGAGAUGAUGCGAAAUCAGAAGUUCACCAAUGAAGAAUCGUACCUCACUGAUGAUGAGACCCACGUCAAACCUGAAGAGGCAGAUCAGGAGUUACAAACGUCACUGGAAGAUAAAGAAUGCCAGUUACUCCAGAAGAAACAGGAAUACCAGAAGCGGAUAAGCUCACUCGAAACUCACGUAUACGAGAUGGAGCAACAACAGGGCAUUCUGGAAAAUACGGCAACCGAAUGGAAGAUCAGAUAUGAACGCCAAAAGGAGCUCGCCGAAGAAGCCCAGAAGGUGGCUGAUGAUAAAGAAGUUGAAAAGUUCAUCGCCGUGGAUGAGCUCAAUGAGAGCAUGUCUGAAGAAUCAGCUGAGAGAUCACGGCACAUAGCUGAAUUGAAGGAUCAGUGUGAUGAGCUUCGCAAGAAGGCGAACGAAGCAGAAUCUAAACGGAACGACUAUGCGAUCAAGUUAGCCGAGGCCACACAACGAUUGGCAACGAUGUCAACAGAUAUGCUCAAGCUCAGAAACGAUCUGAAGCUGCGGGACGAGAACAUUGUCACCCUCAAAAGCGAGUCACAAGCUCAUCAGAAACGAGCUGAUGAAGCACUUCAGGUGGCAAAGGAGCUCACAGAGCUCGGAGCAACUGAAGGGGAACGACUAAAAGCAGGAAUCAAAGAAGUAAAUGAAGAAAACGAGAAGCUCACAGAAGAAGUCAAGGAAUUGACAUCGGAAAGUCAUAAGUGGCGAACUCAAGCGCUCCGGCUGGACACAAUG